AAAAAAACAAAAAAAAAAAAAACAAAAAAAAAACUGGAGGGCGACGAAGGACGACGACAGAAAUGGCGCCCACGCCCAUUCCUGCGGAGAACGACAGACUACCCGAUAACUACGGUCAACCGGGCUACGUCGCCGAAUACCGUGGAUAUGCCCUGCUGCUCACAGAGCUCAUCAUGAUGGCCGUCACCCUCAUCAUCGUCGGCCUGCGAUUGUUCACGCGUGUACACAUCCUCGGCGCAAUGCAUUCGGACGAUUGGUGGAUCCUGCUGGCAACCGCGAUCCUGAUCGGACUUACAGCGGUGCAUGGUGUUGGAGUCAAGUACGGCAUCGGAAAACACACAUACGAUAUAUCGCCGGAGGAUAGCAAUGUCGCACUUACCAUGAGUUACAUCGGCCAGAUCCUCUACGUCACGUCACUCGGCUGCGUCAAGAUCUCGCUCCUCCUCUUCCUACAGCGAAUCUUCCCCUCGGUGGUCAUGCGCCGCAUCGUCCGCGGCAUGCUCAUCUUCGUCCUCUGCUUCGCGGUCACCAACGUGUUCCUCUUCGCAUUCCAGUGCGACACGCCCGAGUACUACUUCACCAAGAUCAAGGGAGACGCAAAGACCAACGGCGGUGUCUGUCUCCCGCCGCAGGUGGUCUACUACCCGAUGGCUGCCGUCAACAUCCUUACCGAUCUGAUCAUCUGGCUCUUGCCCGUGCCCAUGAUCCUGAAGGCGCGCCUGUCGAAGAAGGAGAAGCUGGGGCUGCUCUGGGUGUUUUUGAUUGGAGGAGUUGCCGUCGGUGCUAGCAUCGUUCGCCCUGUCAACCUCCGCGACAUCAUGGAGGAUGGCGACCCGACGUGGAACAUGGUCAACGUUUCGGUAUGGGCCAUGGUUGAGACCUCUGUCGGAAUCCUAUGCACGUCCAUUCCGGUGAUCAAACCCCUCGUUCUCCGCGUCGCGCCGCGCCUCCUCCUUUCGACCGGCGAACGCAGCCGCGGCGACACGUACGCACGCGACGGCUCUCACAUCGCGCGCCGCAACUCGUUCGCACUCCGCUCCAUCAAAGUCACGCACGACAUCCACCAGGUCGAGGAUGACGCGGUCAGCAUGCAGAACUACGGGUUGCAGCAGCCGGACGUAUCCCGGGGCUUCGACGACUACAAGGAGCCGCCGCUAGAGCCGCAGAGCCCCGCACUGACAAAGACCUCGGCCGAGGGCGGCAGUCGGGGGCCUAAUGGCAGCGAUGAACGGCUCGUCACCCGACUGAGCGAGGAGAGCGGGAGCGUGCGGAAGGAGGACGGGUUGAGUCCCAUGCCCAAGGCUGUUGUUAGAUAACGAUACCCCCCCAUAUUCCCAAUACCCCAAAUGUCUAUUUCCUUUAAUGUAUUAUAUUGCCCCCCAUUUCUUCUUUUCCAUUUCAUUUCCAUAUUAACGCUUCUUUUGGUUGCUACAUUCUGUACAUAUUAACCGACAUUCCGAGCAUUUUUUUCAGCAUUUUUUUUCAUGUUCUUUUCUUCCUACCUAGCAAGCGGGGAAUGUAAAUACUUUUCACUUGCACUCACGACUGGUAUGUAGAAGUAUGUACCGAUAACGAACGAACAUAUGGAGCCGGGACUUCCGGGGCUGAAAGUCUGAAAGUCUGAAACAGAAGGAAUG